AUGGAAAUCCUGCCACUCCUCUUUCGAAUCAUUAACCUUGCAGUUGCCUUCUUGUCAACAUCCGCACAUGGCAGCCACAACGAGAUUGUAAUAGAUGAGAAUGACAACGAGACGAUUCGACCACUUCCAUCCAAAGUGAUUGUGGGGUAUUCGCACCUAUGUGAUGAUGGCAAGGCCGAGACAGCGAUCCGAGACGGUGUCAACGUACUCAUAUGGUCCUUUAUGGGGAUUGAUAGUAGAACCGGGGCGACUGGAAACUUGAACCUGGAAUGCAUUCGAAAGCUUAUCAGUGACAUGGAUGAAGAAGGCUACGACGAUACAGUACAUUUGGUUUCGUUUGGAGGGUGGGAUGGCCAACAUUUGGAUGAAACGAUAGAUGCAAAGGUCUGGUUUCACAUUUGGAGGCAAGAAGUAGGAACUAUAUUUCAUGGCUUGGAUUUUGACUUGGAAGGAAACGACGAUCUCUCAUCGCCCAGGAAUGAAUUUUCACUCGAAACAUUGGACAUGAUGGGCCGAAUAUGCCAAUUGGCAAAGCAAGACGGGUUCAUUGUCUCAAUGGCGCCUCCUCAAUCUUAUCUGGACAUUAGUACAUCACGCUUUAGCCGAUUUGUCAACUUGACUCAUCCAGAUCGCCAUUGGCAUUCGGACUUUCAGUACUUUGGUGCCAACGUCUAUGCCCAUACGCUUGCCAAGUAUGGUGAUUACGUUGACCUUGUGCAAAUUCAGUUCUACGAAAGCUAUGCAAGGGCAGCUAUGGAAGUCCUUUAUCACAAGAUUUCUCCAGAAGGAUACUUGUCGUUUUAUAAUCUACAUCUAGUUGGAAAGAAUGAGACGUUUUUGGUCAACUUUGAGAGUGACCCGUUGGUUGGAUUGCCCAGUCAAGAUGUUGCGCUUCCGUUGUCCAAGCUUGUAUGGGGCUUUGGGAAUGGAUGGGUGGACACGCCAAAUGACAAGAACGUAUACUUUCCACCUGAUUCAAUAGCAGCAGCGUACAAUGCACUCAAAGAACUUAGGAUAGAACCAAGGGGGUUCAUGUUUUGGUGUGUGGGUGAAGAGGGAAGGAAUGGAGUCUAUUAUGCAAAGGCUCUGAAUGAAGUGCUCCAUAUACGGUCAAGUCCAGGAGCAGAAGCGUAG